GUAAGCGUGGCAAAACCAGAAUCAUCGAAAUGAGGAGAGGAGUGAGCUGAGAUGAGUUAGUUGACUUUGCACCUUUGCAUAUGCCAAACUGAAUAACCGAACCAUGGCGUUAACGUUCGGUUCUGCAACUCCGAACUCCAACACUUUGUGUUUAACUCUCACAACAACACCACCUCUCAACCUCAUCACCAAUCAUCAUCGUACUCAUUUUGUGUUCUGUGGCAGAGGUUUUGGCUAUGGAUAUGGCUACGGACACACCCUUUCCUAUUCACACCAUACACCUUCCUUUCCCACUGUUGUCUGUUCUGCUGCCAAUAAACCAUCUCCUUCCUCUGAAAUUAGCUCUACAGCCAAGAUAAGGAGCGAAGUUCUCUCUCCCUUUCGGUCUGUUAGGAUGUUCUUUUACAUAGCUUUUGUUGCAAGUGGUGCUCUUGGGGGAUUCGUAGCAAUCUCACAACUAAUUGGUGCAUUGGCUAACUCAUCAAGAGCAUCUGAAAUCCCUGAUAUUCUCAAGGGUCUUGGCAUUGACGUUGCAGCAGUGUCUUUAUUUGCUUUCUUGUACUUUAGAGAGAACAAAGCAAAGAAUGCACAAGUGGCUAGGCUCUCAAGAGAGGAAAGUUUAUCAAACCUAAAGCUUCGUGUGGAUGAGAAGAAGAUCAUUCCUGUGAGCUCAUUGCGAGGGAUUGCGCGGCUUGUAAUCUGUGCUGGCCCAGCAUCAUUCAUAACCGAGUCUUUUAAGCGCAGUGAACCUUUCACAGAAAGUCUUUUGGAUAGAGGGGUGCUUGUUGUGCCCUUUGCAACAGAUGGAAAUGCACCUGUUUUGGAGUUUGAUGAGACUGAGGAGCCUGUCACAAGAAGGAGGAGACUCUGGCAAUUGGCUCCAGUUUACAUCUCUGAGUGGUCUGAGUGGUUGGAUGAACAAAAGAAGUUGGCUGGUGUGUCUUCUGAUUCUGCGGUGUAUCUAUCUCUACGCAUGGAUGGUCGUGUUCGUGGCAGCGGUGUUGGUUAUCCUCCUUGGAAUGCUUUGGUUGCACAAUUACCCCCUGUAAAGGGAAUCUGGACUGGCCUACUAGAUGGCAUGGAUGGUAGAGUUCUUUAGAAGAACUUGUGUUCUUUCUCCUUCUAAAGGCUGAUCUUUCAUACCCCUACCCACAAAAACAAAAUAAUUGAAGCCCUUUUCAUUUUCUUUUUGUGAUUUUGUAUCCUUAUAGUGGACAUUCCAUUAAACUUUUAUGAUUUUAUAUAUAUAUAUAUAUAUAUUUUUUUUUUGCUUUGAUUUUCUUAUGAGUUCUUUAUAAGGUCAUGUUUAAAUAUGUUUGGUGGCUGGAUCAGAUGAGGACUCCUUAUAUUUUCCCUUUUCUUUUUGUAAGAUGACUGAUAAUUCUGUAUUAGAAUCCUGUGUUGAUCCCUUUUUGAG